AUGCCGAUCGGGGACCUCCUGGCUCAAAUCACCGGUGGCCAGUCCUCGGACAGCCCUGCGCCCGCCGUUCAACGACAACCAAGCGUCUCGGUCAAGCGGAAGGCAGAUGAUGAUAUUUCCAGGGCCGACGCCAAGACACCGCGUCUGUUCACACAGCCAACAAAGGCCCCAGAGCGGCCUGCGAGCACCACCCUGCCGAAAACGACCCCGAACCCCUCGAAGCCAGUCACGACCCCGAACCCCUCGAAGCCAGUCACUAUUGCCAGUCGACCAGCGAAGCCUGCUGUUGCUAGUAAACCACCGUCCGCGCCCCUAGUCGACCCGAACAAGCCUAAAGCGCCUCCGAAGAAGGGCUCCUAUGCCGAAAUCCUCGCACGGGCUCAACGGGCCCAAGAGGUAAUGGGUCAGGUGGGCAAGAUCCAGCAUAAAAAGGUCGAGAAGGGGGCUAUCAAGAGGGAAAAGGGGACCGAUGCGAAGGGUGCACCAUCCGAUGCUCAGAGCAGGAAACCUCCAGUCGGCUACAAGGGAUCAGCAAGGCCGGUACAGCGCAACGGUACGAAUGGAAAUGCACCCUCGAAAACCGCGAACGGUGCUGCGUCCCGAACCCCUGGCAAGGCCAUGACGUCGUCACGGAAGGCGCCGGCACCGGAGCCCGAGAAAAAGGUGAAGAAGGCAGCCCUGGCAACGACCGGCUAUACCGGUACAGCCCGCCCCAAACCCGGCAACACAUCGAAGAAGAGCAACGCCCCACGCGGCGGUGCCCUGCUCAACGCCCCUCCGCCCCGACCCGGGGCCAACCGACGAUCCCGGUACGAGGAUGACUAUGACGAGGACAUGGACGACUUCAUCGAUUAUGACGACGAGGAAGACGAGGGUCCGCGCUACGGUUAUGCGUCUGAUGGCUCAUCCGACAUGGAGGCCGGCCUGGAAGACAUUGACGACGAGGAGCGGAUGGCUGAGCGGAUCGCUCGCCGCGAGGAUCUGCGGGAGGAGCAGCUCGAGAGGUCUCUCAAGAUGGCCAAGGAAGAGAAGAAGCGCAAAGCUCUCGAAGCGUUGCGGGCCAACCGACGCUAA